UUGGAGGGUUGAUGGCAGAGCGAGGGAGCUGGGGUCAUCCAGGGCCAGGCUCCACCUGCGACGCGCGUUGCUCAGCCCCGGACGGACGCGGGCGCCUCGCCAGGGGAGACGCGGGGGACUCGGGCGCGGCCCCUUUAAGGCCGCUCCUGCCCGCUGGGGGCGAUGAGGAGCCGCAGGGGCCGAGGAGCCAGGCGCAGCCUGACAGGUAGGCGGGGAGCCGGGCACGAUUCUUGCCGGGCCGGCGCUUGAUGGAGCCGCUGCAAUCCCGCGGCCUCGGGCUGGGGAUGGAGCGGGCGCAGCGGCAGGAGGCGGAGCCCCAGAACGGAUCCCAGCAUGGAGCUGACACAGCAGCCUGUGCCAGCUUUGCCCAUCCAAAUACACACCACUGGCAUCAGACCAGGGCUGGCUGGCUUCCCCUGAGAUGAUCUGAAGAGGAGCUGGAGAAGGAAGAGCUUGUUUAAGAUGACACGAACCGACCCACCUGACAUACUGGUGUCUACGGUGUAUCAAGACCUAGAGGUGACGUGCCCAGCACCCAGGGAUUCCAUCAUCUGCCAGCCACUGGCACAAUGUGACACCUUCAUGUCUGGAUCUCUGCCGCGUGACCUGCAGCCCUUCAACAAGCGCCACUGUAGGAGCUUUGACUUCCUUGAGCCGCUCGACGACCAGCUGGCCCCUGCUCCUGCUAUGGAGCGCCCCUGCCGGCACCCGGGCACCCCCGAGCCUUCCUCAGGCUCCGGAGGCAAGAAGGCUCCUCCCAGGUCGGACGUUCAGAACAGCAGGCCUCCCCCUCACGGGAGGGAAGGCCCCAAGGAGCCAUUGGCUCGGGCGGAGCCAAAGAGGCGAGCGAGGUCCAAGAGCGCCCCACGGGUGAAAUCCACCUUCACUCCCAUUCCCAUCCAGAUGUCGUCCUCGUCUCCCCCUGUGCCGGCCAGGCGGGGACGGGAGGCUCUGCGCCUCUCCAGGGAGCCUGCGAGGACAGAGAUGUCCCCGUGCAGGGGGAGCGGAUACGCGCCGAUGAAGGCCCCAAUGAACGAGGUGCACCCCAUCAAGCUGCAGCCCCAGCGGAGCAGCACCAGCCGCAUCUCCCCACUGUGUGUUAGCAGCAACUGCCCGGAGGAGGCCCCAGGUGGGAGGCCGGCCACAAGCCUGCAUGUCAAGUGCCGGAUGGACAUGAAGCCAGACGAGGCAGUGCUGGUGCACGCGGCACGCAGCCUGAAGGCCCAGAGCAGGAGGGAGGUGCCGUACUGGACCAGGCUGCCCUGCGCUAUCCGGAGCCUGACCAUCCCAAGCAGCAGGCAGGUGUCUGUGUCCCGCACUCCCACACCCAGCGACUCCUACAGCGGGGAGCACAGGCUGCCCUACUCCAACGAGUACUACGAAGGUGACCCCCGAGGCCGGGUUUACCAGGCCAUGCCCUGCCCGCAGGACUAUCCUGAGAGGGGCUGUAUGACCUUCUCCGCUCCAAAUGUGCCCACCAAGUUCUUCUACACAGAGGAGCCAGCUGGGUGCCCUGGCCCUGGCAUUCCACUGAAAAGCUCUGGCUACGAGGGGUGCCCUCGCCCAUACCCAGGGCGUCACCUCCCUCCACAGCCCUUCUACACAGAGGACCCAGCCAAAGGUAAUAUCCACACCAUCCCACCCAGGACUUUCUACGUGGAAGAAGCUCGGACCUACCCCAUCCAGGAAGCCCCUACCCACACCUUCUACAGAGAAGACCCUCAAUUCUAUGCCUCAAGGGGCAUGCCCACCAAACCCCUCUAUACAGAGGACCCCAGGGUAUACCCCGCUCUGAACACCUCCUCCCGGUUGUUCUACACUGAGGAUUAUGGCAAAUACCAUGAGAGAGAAUCCAUUUCACGGACGUACCCUCAUGCCCGUAGCACCCAGCCUUUGCAGUUCAGCGACUGGUACUGCCCAGACCGGGGUGCACUGCCCUACCAGACUUUGCAGAUGUCCCGCUUUGCACCUCAUCCCUCUGGGCAGGAGGCUUUGCUUUCCUCUUGGCAUGCCAGCUACAGCACCAACCAACCCCGCCUAGGCACAGACACCCGGCAUUACUCCAAAUCCUGGGACAACAUCCUGGCACCCAGUGUCCGCAGGGAGGACCCCAUGUUCCGCGGGCGCAGCUAUGAGAACCUGCUCGCCCGGGAGCAGCACCGUGCCUUAUCCCCUGAUGACCGGCGGCAGCCCGUGGUUAUCAACCUCUCCAGUUCCCCCAAGCGCUAUGCAGCGCUCUCCCUCUCGGAGAACUCCAUCAUGGAGAAGAUGCAGGCAGACGGUGGGCGGUGCCCCUUGGGCCGCUCCUGGUUUGUCACCCCAGAAAUCACCAUCACCGACAAUGACAUCAAAGCCAAUGGUCUGAGCAAGACCGAGAAGCGCUCGGCCAGCUGGGAUGUGCUGGAUUCCGGGCGGGAUGGGCAUCGCUCCCGCACCACACACUGCUACUCGGAUCCCAUUGCCAAAGAGAGCACCCAAAGCAGCUCCGCCCGCCAGCGCAGCCUGGAGCAGCUGGAUGAGCUGAUCACAGACCUGGUCAUCGAUUCCAAGCCCCCUCCCAACCGCCGCCCCAGCAACGGGGACAGCCUGACAGACCAGCUCAAGAGGCUGAUCGACAACGGGGCGCCCGGGCCCGCCAGGAAGCUGGAGGCCAGGAAGCCGCUGCCUUUAUUGGUGGGGGAGCCCAGGCCCACCAAGGAGCAGCCGGGCCCGAGUUCCUUCCACAGAGACGUACGCAAGGAGCAGGGUGGCCGCUCACUUGCCAUGUCUGUCUCCAGCAGCAGCUUUGAGAAGCAGCAGGAUGACUGCUCCCCAGAGCUGAGCGCGGAUGAGGACGACAUGAUGAUGUGCUCGAACGCCAAGUGCAGGCGCACGGAGACCAUGUUCAACGCCUGCCUCUACUUCAAGUCCUGCCACAGCUGCUAUACUUACUACUGCUCCCGGAGCUGCCGCCGCGAGGACUGGGACAUCCACAAGGAGAGCUGUGUCUACGGGCGUAUCGGGAGCAUCUGCCGGCACGCUCUGCAGUUCUGCCGGGAGAAUGCCGAGGUGCACAAGGCCUUCUCGCGCAUUGCCAAGGUGGGGUACCUGUCCCGGGGGCGAGGGGUGCUGUUCCUGGGCUUCCCCAGCUCAGGCUCAGCUGAGAACUUCCUCCAGUUUGGCUUGGAGAGCCUGCUGAUGUCCCCCACCUACCUGUCCCUGCGGGAGCUGGAGGGCUACGCAGAGAGCCUGGGGGAUUAUGCCCGGGAGUUGGGGGUGGCUGGCAUCCAGUAUGACCCUGAGGAAUGUUUCCUCUUGAAUGUAACAGUGGCUGUUGGACAAAAAGUGCCUGUGAGGCCAUCCCCCAAGGUCCAGGUGCCGACCGUCAGGAAAUACGCCAAGGUGGCCUUAGCCUCCUCCAGCCCCGAGAAGCAGAUCUUGAAGAAGGAGCGGGACAUGGAGACCUUGAUCCUGACCCCCCCGCCGGGUACGGCGGACAUCGACAAGGAGGGGGAGGAAGGGCGGAAGGCCCGGGAGGUCUGCUUCAUCAACAUCCAGCGGGAGCUGCGGAUCCGAGGCGUCUUCCUGCGCCAUGAGUUCCCCAAGAUCUACGAGCAGCUGUGCGACUUCGUGGAGAGUAACAAGAGGUUCACGCCCACCACCAUCUACCCCACUGACAGGCGGACCGGAAAGCAGUUCAUGUGUAUGAUCAUGGCCGCCUCUGAGCCACGGACCCUGGACUGGGUCGCCAGCCCCAACCUCCUGGACGACCUCAUGUGACCAGUGCUGCCGCGCCACACGGGCCUCCUCUUUAUUCCCCUUUGUAGACAGGUUACCACUGAGUGUUGCUGCCAUCUAGAGAGAUGGACCAGAACUACAUCCUUGGAUCCAAACAUCCUAUCUCUCUAACAGGGCAACCCAAGCCCCUGAUUCAAAGAUGGAGGUUCCAUGUGCAGAGCUGAAUGGAAACCUCCCCAGAUGACAGGGUGCUCAGGUGGGGCCCAUUAUAAAGAGACUUCCAGCUGUGCAUGCUGAUCCCUGGUUUUGGUUCACGCCCUUCUCCACUCUGAGUGCAUCAGUCUAGAAUUUCCUGGUGCAUGACUGUUGGUGACAACUUUGUUUCCUUGGUGACCAUGCACUAAUGUGAAUGCACCAGAGCCACGAGCAGUGAUUUUGGGCCUGCCCAGCAUCAAGGGAUCAAGUCAAAGACACCAGAAGUUAUUAACUAGCACUGGAAUGGAAAUCAACAGUUCCUAUGCCAGGCUGCCUGGGUCAGCCGGGGGUGUUCAUGCCACCAAGGGGAGGCAGCACCCUCAAAGACAGCACUGUUGUGGAUAGCUACCGCCCCACUGCACCAGCUAGAUAGUGCCCAUUAGCUGAGUAGAUGCAAGUUCUUCUUCUGGAAAGGCUGAAUAGUUGGGGCAAAAGUGAGGGACUCCUGCCUCUCAGCCAGCUAAGCUGAGUUCCUCCCCAGCAGCACUGCAGUCAGUGGGACUUCCUGCCUUUCAUCAUAAUGCCAGGUAGGCUUUUCUCCUCCCCACCAUCCCAGUCAUUGUAAGUUCCCUCCCGCAUUUCACCUGCAGAGCUGUGACUUCCUCCUAUUGUGGCAGCAGGGGAAACUGGGAGCACCUUUGUCCUGGUUUUGCAUUCCUUUGCACUCUCUGGGAUCCUGUCCAUGCUUUAACCAUGUUUCAUGGCCGAGAUCCAAACAGCUCCUCCAACUACACAGCUUCAAGGUAACGGUGGAUCCUGAUAGCUGCAGCCUCCUAAUCUAACAAACAAUAAAUAAAAAGACUGAAACUGCAUCUUCUCAGCUGGGAUCCCUGGAAGGUUUUACCUAAACGGGACAGAAUUCUUUGAUAAAUGCAUGUUCUGUUUAUUUCCUUUUUUAAGUUAUGCAUCAUAUUGAAGAGUCAGAUCACAUCUCCUCUUGUGCAGAGCAGAACUAGGUCUGUAUUUUCUCACGUUUCGUUGUAUCAUUCCUGCUGGUGUUCCACAGCAAAGUUUCUGAGGUAAACUUAUUAUGAGAGAUCUAUUUCCUUUGAAUAUCCAUAAAGUAUAACUUGAAUGUA